UUUUACGUGGAUAUAGACCUUUGAUAUCCCUCCAUAAUGCCGCCUACGAGUUCUUCAACGGAGACACCUGGCAUUUCAUCAAGUGCCGUGGCAAAUCCAUAUCUACGUGAACUACAAGCGAUAUCGAACCCGGUGCCCAAUUUGGCUGCUACACUGAUCAGCGUUCCAGUAGAGGCUGAUGACGCCCACCAUGAGAACGUGAAUUUUCUGCGGACGCGCCCUCACUCGCCAUCCGAAUCAUCGAGUCGCGCUAGACGUAGACGAUUGGCGCUCCUUCCCGAAGUGGAUCUUGAGAGCAUGGACAUUGACGAACAAAGACGCUUUUUACCCGCCGAGGCUACUCCGCGUUUACCCACUAGCAGUCGCUCGCAUGAAGCAUACAAUACAAAUUUGAGUUCCGAAGGACGGAUUUCAGGCCCAAGAUCGCUGUAUGGAUGGGCGCCAGGCUCUCAAGAAGAACAUGGAAAUGAAUACAUGGGGUACCAGCAUACUGCGCAGAACGAAGUUCCGGAUAGUAUUUGGACUGUGGGAAGAGGCUUGGAUCGAGAGGCCGGUCGCAAUACAUCUCUUUCUCGAAUUUCGAGACGAGAAGGAAGCGGGGUAAUAUUACCGUCGUAUAGGAUAGAAUCUACGGAAACCACAGAGCCAAACAGCCGGCACUGGUCGGACCACAAUAGCAGCACAUUCACUGAGGCGUUGUUGCAGUCUGUGAGGCGUGGUGCAAGAUAUGCCUCUCGAACACGGACUAUCCAGAAUUACCUCUUAGACCGGGAACGGCUUAGCCGUCAGGAAGCAAAUGAGCGGGAUCGAGAAGAACGUGAUCGUGAGCGGGACAGAACAGGAGCAGCAUCUUCUUCCUCGUCGCGCGCUUUGAGAAUGAGUCUGAGGAAUAUAUCUGGGGAUCUUCGAGAUAGAUUGAACUCGCAUCGACAAUUCCUUACCGACAACCCUCCUAGUGCGAAGCUGAGGGAGACGAUCAAGUACUUAGAGCGGGUUCGUACCUCCAGCUCACUAUCAGAGAGCAUUGAGUCUGCUGUCAGAGGCGGAGUCGUACAAUACGACCAUCUCAAGGGAGCAUACAAUGAAAGCGAUUUCAUACUCGAUACCUCCUUUAUCAAACCACCCACACCGAGCUCGUGGCUGCGGCCGGGGACGGUCUUUUCCGGGUCCCAGAAAGCGGUCAACAGCGUUGGAGGUCGCAACUUUGAGAUGCUCUCUCAUCGAAUAUCACAACCCACGGAAUCUUCCGGGCACGAUAGCUCAUCAACCCGCAUCAGUGUGUCGACAAGCAGUGGUCGAAGAUACUGGGCAAACGAUUCUUCUCUAUCCCCCUUACCAGGUCAUCAUUUCCCAUCCCAGCGGCGAGAGAAUAGCAAACAUGAACUGUGGCCAGUCAAAGUCACCAUUCACAGCAUUGACUAUUCGACAAUGACCUUGACGGGGACAAUGGAAGCUUACAACAUUCCAGACAAGACAUCUCCGACUCGAGAUGCGCAUAUUGUCACAUUUUUGGAAGGAGAAAUCAUUGAUCUGAGUACACACAGUUUGGAGACGACGAGUUUUAAAGCCGAUGCGGAUAUUGAUAGUACAUAUUGGCGCGAAUUACGACCGUUCAGAGGACUUAGUGAUGAUCAGAUGACGAAGAAUUUGUUGAGUAAGAAGUGGGUGACUGAUGAAAUGAACAAGAAUUGGAUUUUGAUGCGUUGGAAGGAACGCUGCUUCAUCACACCCACCGAUGCUCGUCAGGGUCUCACGAUAUCUGGGUUUUAUUACAUCUCCUUACAUCGCGGAACCGGAGAGAUAGAAGGCUUAUACUACGAUCCCGGUAGUUCGCCGUACCAGCAAUUGUCCCUGAAGCCGGAAAGACCGACCAUGGCGUUUCCGGCAAUUGAUUUUCGAUAAUUCUGUUGCAGAAUUCUCGAUUUCUUGCAUAUACUUGAGCUUUUCUUCUUCUUGCUAUGAUUACUGUCCAAGGGCCAUGACGUUGUUCGGAAAGAACAGCAGUUUUAUGUAGCGUGUUGUUUUAAUCAUUUUAGCAUGACUGUUUUCAUUGUAGGCAGCACCUAACGUACAUAUCAUUCAAGACUUGAAUAUACCAGAUGUCGCUUGUCCGCUGGGCAAAUCAAAUCAAUUUAUCAAUCGGACGAUUAGCGACUACAAACCGACUAUAAGCUUACUUUACUCUAUACACAAAUUUUACCGGCAUAGCACGUUACUCCAUGAAGGAUAUUUUUCAUUCAUGUUCCAUUUCUCAUGUCUGAUCAAACUUGCCAAGGCCAGCGCUGACACUGACGAAACCCGUUUCCGUACUUUUUUCGCCGAAAUUCAAGUCGAAUUCAUCAUCUCAAGUCCCGAUCUAAGAUCAAAAAGGGAUUUUCAUCUCGUAUCAAACGUAGUCGAUAGUUAGAGCGACAAAUUUAGGCUCUGGUAGUUUGCGGUUGUACGCUUACUGCUCAGUCUGGAAGUAGUUGAGGAGGAUGGAACGUUCCUGGGACUCCUCGCCCCAGUCCUUGACAACGACGCAAGAGCAGUUGACAACCUUGCGAGCAUU